GGCCCGGUCGCCUCCCUCGCCACGACCCCGGAUGGAUGCGCGCCCCCCGCCCUCCCGCGCCGGCCCCAGGAGCUCCUGGCUUCGGGAGCAUCCUUCCCGCGCCGGCCCCCGCCGCGGCGCGUAGCCGAGGGCAGCGCCCCUCGAGAGGGCACCGCGGAGCAAGAUGGAAGAGAAGAGGCGAAAGUACUCCGUCAGCAGCGACAACUCCGACACCACUGACAGCCACGUGAUAUCCACAUCAGCAUCAAGAUGUUCCAAGCUGCCCAGCAGUACCAAGUCGGGCUGGCCCCGGCAGAACGAAAAGAAGCCCUCAGAGGUUUUCCGGACAGACUUGAUCACAGCCAUGAAGAUCCCGGAUUCAUACCAGCUCAGCCCGGAUGACUACUAUAUCCUGGCCGACCCAUGGCGACAAGAAUGGGAGAAAGGUGUGCAGGUACCUGCUGGAGCGGAGGCCAUUCCAGAGCCUGUGGUGAGGCUCCUCCCACCACUGAAAGGCCCCCCUGCGCAGGUGUCCCUGGACAGCCCCACACUUGGCGAGAGUGCCCAGCCUUACUGGCCAGGAGGCAGCCGCUACGACCUGGAUGAGAUCGACGCCUACUGGCUGGAACUCCUCAAUGCAGAACUCAAGGAGAUGGAGAAGCCUGAGCUGGAUGAGCUGACGUUGGAGCGUGUUCUGGAGGAGCUGGAGACCUUAUGCCACCAGAACAUGGCCCAGGCCAUCGAGACGCAGGAGGGGCUGGGCAUCGAGUAUGACGAGGACGUCGUCUGUGACGUGUGCCGCUCCCCUGAAGGCGAGGAUGGCAACGAGAUGGUCUUCUGUGACAAGUGCAAUGUCUGUGUGCACCAGGCAUGCUACGGGAUCCUCAAGGUGCCCACGGGCAGCUGGCUGUGCCGGACGUGUGCCCUGGGAGUCCAGCCCAAGUGCCUGCUCUGCCCAAAGCGAGGAGGAGCCUUGAAGCCCACCAGAAGUGGGACCAAGUGGGUACACGUCAGCUGUGCCCUGUGGAUUCCUGAGGUCAGUAUCGGCUGUCCAGAGAAGAUGGAGCCCAUUACCAAGAUCUCACAUAUCCCAGCCAGCCGCUGGGCCCUGUCCUGCAGCCUCUGCAAGGAGUGCACCGGCACCUGCAUCCAGUGUUCCAUGCCUUCCUGCGUCACAGCAUUCCAUGUCACCUGCGCCUUCGACCGAGGCCUAGAAAUGCGGACUAUAUUAGCCGACAAUGACGAGGUCAAGUUCAAGUCACUCUGCCAGGAGCACAGUGACGGGGGCCCUCGGAAUGAGCCUGCUUCUGAGCCCGUGGAGUCCAGCCAGGCCGUUGAGGACCUGGAAAAGGUGACCCUACGCAAGCAGCGGCUGCAGCAGCUAGAGGAAAACUUCUACGAGCUGGUGGAGCCGGCUGAGGUAGCCGAACGGCUGGACCUGGCCGAGGCGCUGGUGGACUUCAUCUACCAGUACUGGAAGCUGAAGAGGAGAGCCAAUGCCAAUCAACCGCUGCUCACGCCCAAGACCGACGAGGUGGACAACCUGGCCCAGCAGGAGCAGGAUGUGCUUUAUCGCCGCCUGAAGCUCUUCACCCACCUGCGGCAGGACCUGGAGAGGGUCAGGAACCUGUGCUACAUGGUGACGAGGCGCGAGAGGACGAAGCACAGCAUCUGUAAGCUCCAGGAGCAGAUAUUCCACCUGCAGAUGAAGCUCAUUGAGCAAGAUCUGGGUCGAGAGCCUUCUGGGAGGAGAGCGAAGGGUAAGAAGAGUGACUCGAAGAAGAAAGGCCGAGAAGGUCCCAAGGGCAGUAGCCCUGAGAAAAAAGAGAAAAUGAAGGCUGGGCCGGAGUCUGUCCUGGGGCAGCUGGGUCUGUCCACCUCGUUCCCCAUCGACGGCACUUUCUUCAACAGCUGGUUGGCACAGUCGGUACAGAUCACGGCAGAAGACAUGGCCAUGAGCGAGUGGUCUCUGAACAGUGGGCACCGGGAAGACCCCGCCCCGGGUCUGCUGUCAGAGGAACUGCUACAGGAUGAAGAGACACUGCUCAGCUUCAUGAGGGACCCCUCAAUGCGACCUGGGGAUCCCGCCAGGAAGGCCCGAGGCCGCACUCGCCUGCCAGCCAAGAAGAAACCUCCACCCCUGCAGGAUGGGCCCAAUGGGCCCAGUGCACGGACCACUUCAGACAAGACACCUAAGAAGGCCUGGGCCCAGGAUGCUGGCAGCGGCAAGGGCAUGCAAGGACCGCCCGCCAGGAAGCCACCACGGAGGACGUCUUCUCAUUUGCCGUCCAGCCCUGCAGCUGAGGACUGUCCUGUCCCAGCAGCACUGGAAAGCUCCCCAACCCUGGCCUCCGAGAGUCUGGAUGAGACAGCCCCCGUGGCUUCCGACUUGAAUGUCCAAGUGCCUGGCCCUACAGCGAGCCCUAAGCCCUUGGGCAGGCUCCGGCCACCCCGAGAGAUCAAGGUCAGUCGGAAAUCUCCGGGUGCUAGGUCAGAUGCUGGGACAGGACUGCCAUCUGCUGUGGCCGAGAGGCCAAAGGUCAGCCUACGCCUGGACGCCGAGGCUGACGGCUACUACUCUGAUGAGGAGAUGAGUGACUCUGAUACAGAGGCAGGGGACAGUGGGGUACAACGGGCUUCCAGGGAGGCAGGGGCAGAGGAGGUGGUUCGCAUGGGGGUACUAGCCUCCUAACUUGCCCUGGUCCCCCACCAGGUCUCAGCCCAAUCAUAACUGCCGUUUCCGACUGCUGAGUGUCCCAGACCCGCCACUCUGUCGUGGUUUUAUUUUUAAUAAUAGAGAGAGUUCUGAGUUCCACUCCGUUGUCUUUCCUCUGUGCUGGCAUAGGACAUUAGGAUUCCCCCCUGUGGCCCUGGCCACGGGGACUAUGCCAGGUUCUAUGUGCCACCCCUGUCCCAGCCCACGCGACAUCGCUGGGCCUUCUGGCUUGAUGUAGACGAGGUGAGGGAGAGAGAGCUCAGGGCUCCUGCCCACUGCCACUGGGUGACACAGACUGUCGUUAGGGCAUUAUUUCAUGGCAGAUGGGCCAUCCCAGGGCCUAUCCCACCUGUGUCCCCCCAGAUUACACUGGGGGUCGUUUUGGGUGGGGGGGUGUCCUGCUGCACUCCACUGAUCCCUAAGGAAGUAUGACAAAUGAUUCCCAGCCAGUCUAUUCACUGUCACAAGCACAACGAGUUUAUAUGAGAAAGCACUGAGGGGGUCAGGGGCCCCCGCUGGCUCCUGAAUAGCCCAUGACAUCUGAGGCCCGUCCACCCACCCACAAUACCCCCCCCCCUUGCUGCUCUGUCCCUGCCAGUGCCCAGCCCAAGCAGCUCUGGGAAGGGGUUCCCAGGAUCCUUCCUGAGCAGUGCUCUUUACUCAGGGGACUUCCCAGACAGCCAGCCACCUGUCCAGGUGGAGGGCUUCAAGGGAGGGCCAGUGCCCGGCCCGGGGCGUGGGGCUCAGAUCAGCCCACUGCAGAGAAUCACUCUGGGGCUUCAACUUCCUUUCUUCCUUUAGGGCCAGUCUGGGCCGCAGUCUGCUCUCCGCAUGGAGCUGGCCAGACAAGACCGUUUGCCUUUUGAUGUUUCCUAGCCCUGCUAAGAGAUGAGCUUCCUCGUUGGUUUCCUUCUGGAAACAUCCUUCCAACAGGUGUAGUGGGAUCCCGGGGCCCAGCACAGGCCAGUGUUGGCCUGCCAGGGCUGGUUGAAGAGUUACUGGAUCUUCCAUUAUUCCUCUGUCCCUUGACGCCUUAACCCUGUUUCCCUCCCUUCUGUACCCUCUUUCCUACCUGUACCCCCCCCCCCCAAGCCUCCAGGUAGUUCUGAAGAGUUUUGAUGGAGUGGCCCCAGGGUGAUAGAUAGCUCAGGGAACAAAGGAAUUCCGUGAAAACAGUUGUUUUGUUUUGUUUCUUUCUUUUACGAAAUUACUCUUGGGUCACUUCCGCCACUGGUAAAGCCAGAACUUCUCCAACCGGAACCUUGCAAAAGUCCAGUGAACCAGUCGAAUCAUUCUGAGAAUGCCAAAGAAUCUUUUGACCAUAAUACACAGCACAGCCCGGACCUGACAACUGUCAACUUGAACUUCGUUUUCAAAGGAGUUGGUUAGCAGCAAAGUUCUGAGAUUUGGAUAUUGCACACACCCACAGAGAAGGGCCCAAGGCCUCCGAGGAGGCUGCCGCUGCUGCUGCUGCUGUUGGUUUACGGUCCCUGGGCUAGGCUGCUGUGAGCGUGGUCCUAAACUCUGAGGACUCCUCCACUUCCGGGGGAGAACACUGACUGUGAAUCCAGCGUGGUUCCCCCAUCGCCACCACACAGAUACACAAAGAGCAGAUACGCGGGACUCUCUCCCACCUUCACUCCGAAACUAUCAAGGUACGACAGUGAGCUUGAGCGAAAUCGGAAGCAAACAAGACAAUUUCAGUUUUGGUGGCUUGGACAAACACGUCUAAGCCAAAUGGACUCCAAGGGUGGGGGCAGGUCUCCAAGGAUCCUGAGCAUCAGGAUGGCAUCAGCUACCAGAUAGACUUAGUCCGCCUGCCUGUCUUGGUCAUAGUGACAGCUCAGUGUCAGUGUCAACACCCCCACCCUGGUCUCUUGUUUACUGCCUUUGAACAGACCUUCCCUACCCCUGUGCUUUGGGUCGCAACAGGUCACAACCUUGUCUGCUGGAUUGCCUGGUGGUCUGACCUGCGGGACACAGAGGGCAUGGGGGCUUAAAGAACAACCAAAUGCUGCAGGGUGAGGGAGGGGACGGCCCUGACCAGUCUGUCCCACCCCGGGCCAGGGGCUGGGCUCUAAGGGGAGACAUUAGUGAUGGGUGGAGUAAACCGCCUUCUGGGCUGCUGGCAUUCUUCCACCGGGGCCUGGACUGGGCAGGCAAGCGGGGAGAGCUUCAGAGAGCCUCUGCUGCUUCUGGCCUCUGGGUUCUAUGCCUCUCGGCAGCUGGCUUCCGCUUUGGACUCUGUGUGUCCACCAGGCCCUGCCUGCCACAAAGCCCCCACCCCCCGUUGGCUGUUACAAUGGCUGGUUAACAGACCCCUUCACCAGGCCAAGCCCCACACAGUCUUCAUCCGGCAGCUGUCCCCACUUCUGAAGUGUCCAUCAGGCUUCAAGGAGGACAAGGCUCCCCCAGAGCCUUGCUCCUUGGUUCCUCCCAGGCCACACUGUCCAUCGUGUGGAUGGCUUUGCCACACACUACGACCAAGGCACCUUUUCCAGGCCAGAGACGGUUCCCAUUCUUGUCCACAUCCACUCCCCACCAGAAAGGACCCUGUAACUCAUUCUGGCUCUUGUACCCCAUCCCAUUAGUCUCCUGGCUGCCUUCCACCUCAUCCCCUCUCAUCACAGGACACAGGCUAAUGUGCAAGGAAAGUAUUUUUGUGUAUCAUAAGUGUAUUUUGAAACAAGUAAAGAAAAGAAAGAUAGAACGCUCGUUUACUUUAUUAAAUGGGCUCUGACUUGGUGAGUGACGUGAGAGUCUUUGCAAUGUAAGGACCUCAGGUUUGUUGGAGAAGACAGCCACCCAGGUUCCCAGGCAAAGGUGUUGGACUGUGUGUGUGUGUGUGUGUGUGUGUGUGUGUGUGUGUACAGCAGAGCAUCGUGCACGUGUGUGGCAGUGCACGGAUACCCUAUGGGACUUGCUGGGGUUUCUAGAGCUUCAACUGCCUGAUUCUUCAGGAACGUUGGCAGCAGGUUAGACUUCGGGUUUCCUCGCCAUUGCCACCUACGGCCAACCUGUGCCCAUGCCUGAAGCCCUGCGGAAUAAUAUGUGAUGCCUGCAGUAAGGUCCUUGAGGAGGCCACCCUCCCAUGUCCUUGGCCCAGCUGGCCACAUUGGCCGAAGAGCCAGAGGUUUUGGAGUCGGGGACCUUUGGUCGUUCUUUAAGCCACUUCCUGCUGCCUUCCCUAGAGGAUGUGCGCUCGUGCGCCACCCAAAUCACACGAGGGAUGGCGGUGGGGAGGGUGAUAUGAAUGUCACAGGAGGAGACACCUUCUGUCUUUGUUUCAAAGAAAGUGAUGUGCCAUUUGUUAAUAUACAAGAGAAAUAUUGAAAAUAUAUUGAAAAGAGCAAUUUUAAAUUAUUUUUGGCUUAUGUUGCAAUAUUUAUUUUCUUGUAUUAGAGAAGAUUUCUUUGUAGAGAAAAAUGUAUUUUUCAUUACCGCAAAGACCUAUUUCUCCUUUUUGUACAUUGUCCUCGUUCGCAACCCUUAACGAGCAAUAGAAUGUCCGGCCACGCCCGCCCGCGUGGCCACUGCCCACUGUGCCCUGCAUGAUUGUGCUGCUGCUGCUGCUGCUGCUGCUGCUGCCUAGUUUCCAGCCCCGUCCUGUCCUGCUCACUCACUGGGGCUGUUUCUAAGGAGCCCACUGCACUCCUCGUGUGUUGGCAAAUUCAGUUAAUAAAGCAAUGUUUUCUGUGCUGA